CUGUCCAUUUAUGGCGAGAUGAGAACAUGGGAGUGGCGGAAACAAGAGUUGCUGUGUACAGAUGUUGCUGACAAAGUUUCUUUAAACGUAUUUUUCGAUUAAAUUUUGAUUCUCAAGUAUUCUUUUUGUUCCUUAAUAUUUUUUCGACAUAAGUACGACAGUCAUUAUUCUUAUAAUUAGUAAUUUGGAUUUUCCUGUGUUUGUUGCCUUAUUUUGUCAGAAGAUUAGAUUUUUUUUUUAAUAAAUAAAAGAAAUGGAGGAUAUCUUCCACUGGUGCCGAGAAGGUAAUGCUUUCCAAGUUCGUGUUUGGCUCGACGACAUUGAACACGAUCUGAAUCAAGGAGAUGAUCAUGGUUUUAGUCCACUGCACUGGGCAGCAAAAGAGGGAAGAGCUAACAUUGUUGAAAUGCUUAUUAUGAGAGGAUCCAGGAUUAAUGCAACCAACAUGGGAGAUGAUACUGCACUUCACUUAGCUUCUGCUCAUGGACAUAGGGAUAUAGUUCACAUGUUGCUGAGAAACAAAGCUGAUAUCAAUGCAGUGAAUGAACAUGGAAAUACUCCACUCCACUAUGCUUGUUUUUGGGGAUAUCAAGCUAUUGCAGAGGAUUUGAUUAAUAAUGGUGCUAUGGUUGCUAUCUGCAAUAAAUAUGGUGAAACACCUUUGGACAAAUGUAAAGGUCAAAUGGCUCAAAAAUUGCUUGAACUUGCAACUCAGUUGGGUCAAGAAACCAAAAAAAUCCCAUACAAGGACCAAAGCUGGCUUGGAACUAAAACAAGAUCUAGAGAUGCAACAUUAUCGCGCCAUUCUGGUAUUAACAUGAAAGAAAUAAGUUUUCAAUUCAAGUUGGCUGUUACACCAUCUGGAGAAACUUGGAGAGGAGUCUGGCAAGGAAACGAUAUUGUAGCUAAAAUUCUGAAACUCAGAGAACCAACUGCCCGAGUAACAAGAGAUUUUAAUGAUGAGUACCCUCGAUUACGUAUUUUUUCACAUCCAAAUGUGCUACCUGUUAUUGGUUGUUGCAGUAGUCCACCAAGUCAUAUUGUUAUAAAUCAGUACAUGCCAUUUGGAUCACUUUAUACAGUACUCCAUGAAGGAACAGGUAUUGUUGUUGAUACAGUACAAGCUCUGAAAUUUGCAAUAGAUAUUUGCAGGGGAAUGGCAUUCUUGCAUACACUUGACCCUUUGAUCCCGAGAUUUUAUUUAAGUAGCAAACAUGUUAUGAUAGAUGAUGAUCUGACUGCACGAAUAAACAUGGCAGAUGCAAAAUUUUCUUUUCAAGAAAAAGGGAAAAUGUAUAACCCAGCAUGGAUGUCUCCUGAAGCACUACAAAAGAAGCCAGAAGAUAUAAAUGUCAAAGCAUCAGAUAUGUGGAGUUAUGCAAUAUUACUACGAGAAUUAGCUACUCGAGAAGUCCCAUUUGCUGACUUAUCUCCUAUGGAAAUUGGAAUGAAGAUUGCUUUGGAAGGUUUAAGAAUUACAAUUCCACCUGGUAUUUCACAACAUAUGGCACGUCUAAUUCGUAUUUGUAUGAAUGAGGAUGCUGGAAAAAGGCCUACAUUUGAUAUGAUAUUACCUAUUUUAGAGAAAAUGAAACAGUAGAACAUGGUCAAGCAGAAGGCUCAGUGCGACUAAUGAAGUUAUAUGAGAAUUGAAUUCAAGAAACAUAGUGCCUGAUAUGCAUUUAAAGCAAGUUGAUGCUUGCAAAUGUGCCAUCAGAACAAGGGUACAUUCAUUGUCCUCUUAUGAGAACUCCAAAAAAACCUUUUAACAUUUUAUUAAUAUUGUAUCUUGGGAGAAUCUCACUAUAUCAGUGUUAUUUAUAACAAGACAUGCAGAAUAAACAUAUUUUUGUGUACUGUAUUAAGCUAUAUGUUUUUAAUUUAUAUGUAAUAUAAUGUAACUAUUUUCAAUUUAUUCCUUGUACUGAAUUUAUAUCUAACAUGUCAAUAAACAUUUAUCAUUUUCCCUUUUUAGAUAA